UGACCUUUUUUCAAGUAAAUCAACAUUUAAUUAAUAUAGUAAAAAAUAAAAAAGAAAUGUCUCGGAUUUUUCGCUUUCUGAAAAAUACAAAAUGGGAUUAUGGUUAACGCCACAUCAUUGCUUCCAUCUAUAUAUAGUGACACACAAGUUAUAUGUUUUAGUUCUUUUUUUAAUGUUUGUCGGAGAAGUUUUGUCGUUUAGAAAUUACGAUUUUGAAAACCGCCUUAAAAAUAUAAAUACAUCCGAAAAUAAAUUUCGAUUAGUUGAGUUGUUUCAGAAAGAUAAACUGUUUGAUGUUAGUAGCUUGCAAAUAAAAUCGUUUAUUAAUAGCAAAAAUAUAGAUCUUCGGAAAUUAAAUGAAAAAUACAUACAUGAAAAUGCUCAAUUUUUUAACUUCAGAAGAAACAACCAUUUCAAUUUAUCACAUUAUGAUAUUUUCAAAAAUGAAAAAACAAAGAAUGGUACAGUACUUCAAGAUGUUACGUCUCUAAACACCAACGAUUCAAAUAUUCUUUUGUAUAAUAUUACCAAAUAUGGUAUUCCAUCCCUAGUUAUUGACAAACCGAACACUCCAUUAUAUAAGGCUGUCGAUUCUAAUAUUUCAAACGAAGUUUAUGAGCAUUACAGAAAUAAGAGUUUAAACGACGUUGGUACUAUCAGUCCUAAAAACAGUAAGUUUAGCACAAACCGCUAUGGUUUGUUAAAAGGUUUUUAUGAUUCAAAAAAUUUUUACAUAACGGGAUUUAAACGUAGACCAGUAUCUGACUUACAUUCACGAAUUAUUGACUUUUUUACAGAACAAAACCGACAGUCACCGAAUCUUUUUGAAGAUAUAGGUAUUCUAGAUUCUAAACUAAAUAAAAUAGAUAAUAAAAAUCAUCUGUUAGACGACGAAAAUAUAAAAGAUAACAUCAAUUUAUUAAAUGACCAUGAAAUACUAAGCAAAGAAGUUGACCAUGAAGUACCAAGUGUAGAAAAUCAAGAAACUGCUGAUGAAAAUCAUCAAAUCGAACAACAAGUAGUAAGCGAAAGCUUAGAAAAUUUUGAUCAGAUCAAGGAUAAUAAAACAUUGCAGCAGAUUCAACCUAGUGCAUCAAUUAUGGAAUACUUAGAAGAUCCCAUGGAAUUUUCGGGUGAAAUUGCUAACAGUAAUUCUUUUGAAAUGAACGAGGAUAAAAGUAGAAAAGUUUAUCCAAACUUCAAAUUUUCAUUUUCUUUUCAAAAUGAAAAUCUUGAAAGGUCAGGUUUAGCAACGCACAGGUUUAACAACGCAUCUGGUAAUGAAGAUAAAGAACCCAUUAUAAGCUCGUCACUUAAAGAAUCAAUUAAUAGUUCUUCUUUACCUAAUAUAAAAGAGAUUUCGCUAAACCAUAUAAUUAAAAGUGAACCAAACGAAAAGGAGAUGCAAGAUAUAAUUAUAAAUGCAAUCCAUAAAAAUUAUAAAGACUCAAAAAACUUUUUUGUAGACGACCAAUCUUCUCAGGAUGAAAAAAUAAUACAUGCUGUAAACACGCAUGCGUUUAAUCAAUCAAACUCAAAGUUUGAAAAUUUUUUAAAAAAUGAAAAUGUAAGUUUAACAGACGAACAUAACAUAAAAUUUUACAGUAUUAAUAAUCAUAAUAACCAGGCUCAUUGUAUAGAUGGCUCUCCCCCUGGUUACUAUUUAAGAAAAGGGUGGAAUAAUGGUGCAACAAAAUGGAUUAUACAUCUUCACGGAGGAGCGUGGUGUUAUAAUGUACAUAGUUGCUCUAAACGACGCGGAACUAUAUUAGGUUCCACUAAAAAUUCAGCUAAAGAAAAUAUAAACAGUUUUUUUCAUGGUAUUUUGUCAAAAAACCAAAACGUAAACCCUAAUUUUUUCAAUUGGAAUGUUGUUGUUUUAUCUUAUUGUGACGGGGGCUUAUUUUCAGGUAAUCGAAAAAAAUUUCUCAUUGGCAAAGGAAAAAUAUUUUAUUUUCAAGGACGUAAAAUACUAAAGGUCCUUAUAGAAGACCUUUACAAAAAAUCUUUGCAAAGCGCAACGGACGUCGUCUUGAGCGGUACGUCUGCUGGUGGACUAGCAGUUGUUCUCCAAGGAGAUUACAUGCGUCAUUUUCUUCCAAAAAAUGCAAAUGUUCGUGGUUUAUGCGACGCAGGCAUUUUUUUAGAUCGCAGUUCAUCGUUAGGAAUAUACUUAGCCCGUCAACAAUUUAAAGCUUUAUACAGUUUGCAUAAGCCAAUCCUCAACAAAGAAUGUUUAGCUUCUUUCUCAAGAAAAGAAAAAUUUUUGUGUCUUUUUCCCGAAUAUGCUUUGAAAUACCUUAAGCUACCAAUCUUUCUGGUUAAUUCACUUUACGAUCACUGGCAACUAUCAGAACUUGAAGGAAUUCAAUGUGUUUACGAUCAAUCAAAAUGCAACACUAAACAACACGAUCUUAUACUAAAUUUUCGCAAUCACAUGUACAGUGUACUUACUAAAAUAAAAACAUUCAAAAAAGACACUGGCGUAUUUGCGAACUCGUGUCUUGUACACGGUCAAGCAAUUAUAGAUUAUACAUGGUCUAAAGUUCGAAUUAACAAUAGCAGCAUUGAAGACUCUUUUUUUAAAUGGUUUCUUGACCGUAACUUGCAAAGUGACGAACUACGUCAUUUUAAAGCUGAUUGCAAGUUUCCAUGUAAUGGUACAUGCCCUAAAGUGUUGGCACAACGAUGUGUGCAAAUAUUUAAAGGGACCUCAGAAAUAAGACGACGUAGAGAUGCAGAAAUUUGUUGACGCGGCAUAACAUGUUAAUAUUUUUAAUAGGUUUUAAUAAAUUUACUAACAAAAAUAUAAAUAGUAUAUUUCACAAUUAAUAUUUAAAUUUUAUAUGACUUAUUAAAACUUUUGUAUG